GCCGGCGCGACCCCCGCUUUGAUUGCAACAUUACUUAUACCGCAGUCAGUAAUUUAUUCCACCGCGGCUACUCGAUAGAGGCCCGUCUGGCAAUGCUCAACAUUUAAUUUUAAAAUAUACAAAUAAAAAAUAAAAUUCAGGAAAAUGGUAGAAAAGAAAUACGUUUUGGGUAUGGACAUCGGUACAACAUCAGUGAAAGCGUGUGUUUUCGAUCCAGACACAAAGGAAAUAGUGGCUAAACAGACGAAGGAUACCGCGGCGAAUAUACCCAGUGACCAAGGGAUCGAAGGAAACAAGCAAGAUGUGCCGAAAAUAGUAUCAGCUGUUCAUUACUGUGUUUCGCGACUUCCCAGAGAUAUAUUACGGCAUGUGACAAAGAUUGGCGUUUGCGGUCAGAUGCAUGGUGUUGUUUUGUGGAAAGACAGGGCAUGGGAAAAAGUCGAAAAGGAUGGAGUCAUAAAUCGUUUUGAAGCAAUCAAAGAAAACAUGUCAGCUCUGUAUACCUGGCAAGAUGUUAGAUGUAAGCCAGAUUUUUUGGAUUCCUUGCCAAAACCUGAUUCACAUCUAAAGUGCUAUUCUGGUUAUGGGUGUGCAACAUUAUUAUGGAUGUUGAAAUAUAAACCAGACAAGCUAAAAAAUUUUACUUGCUCAGCAACUGUGCAAGAUUUUGUUGUGGCAAUGUUAUGUGAUUUAGAAACACCUAUUACAUCUGAUCAAAAUGCUGCCAGUUGGGGCUAUUUCAACACAGAGAAAAAUGAAUGGAACAUUGAUAUUUUGAAAUCAUUGGAGUUUCCAGUUAACCUUUUACCGAAAGUUACGAAAAGCGGUCAAAUCGCUGGAAAAUUAAGUAGCUCUUGGAAUGGAAUCCCAGAAGGUACUCUUGUGGGUGUUGCUAUGGGUGAUCUACAAUGUUCGAUAUUAGCAACAUUGGAGACUAGAAAUGAUGCAGUACUGAACAUAUCAACAUCCGCUCAACUGGCUAUUGUUGUUGAUGGUAUAAAAGAUAUAGGCUGUCAAACAGUGGAAUAUUUACCUUACUUUAGUGAUACAUACUUAUUAGUAGCAGCCUCAUUAAAUGGGGGUAAUGUACUGGCCACUUUUGUGAAGAUGUUGCAACAAUGGAUGCUUGAAUUUGGAUUCCCUAUACCGCAAUCAAAAGUAUGGGAGAAAUUAAUUGCUUUAGGCUUAGAUGCACCUGCUGGGACUACAAUGAAGAUUUCUCCUUUGCUGCUGGGUGAAAGACAUGCACCAACCGCUAAAGCAGCAGUAGAAAAUAUAGAUUUGUCAAAUAUACAGUUGGGACAUGUAUUCAGAUCGUUAUGUGAUAGUUUGAUUGACAAUUUACAUUUUAUGAUGCCCAAAGAGAUAUUGAGAAAUGCAAAUAUUAAGAGAAUAGUAGGUAAUGGAUCAGGUCUGUCAAGAAAUAAAGUUCUACAGAGGGCUGUGGAACAUUACUAUAGUUUGCCUCUUGAGUUCACCUGUGGAGGUGAUGCAGCCAAAGGGGCAGCUAUAGCUGUUUUAUCGUGUGCAUAAUAUUUAUACUAUAAUAUUAUCUAAAUAAUAAACAAUAUCGCUUUAUCAAGCCACUAUAAUUAUAAACAUACAGUGUAUAUUCGAAGAAAACCUUAUGAGUUCUUAGUAAUUUAAUGUUUAAAAAAAACGUAAACCUUUGAUGUGAUUCUGUUCACAUCUCUAAAUACAUUUUAUCUUAUUUA